GUUUUAUAGGGGGAUCUACUGUAUAAAAUACUGUCGAAAUACUUAUCGAGUGUAUCCCGUUUGAAGACACCAUUGCUUAACCUUGUUUUCGUCGUGGAGCGGCACAUUGUACGGCGGACGCGUGUGAAGAGUGUCAUGUGACAUUUGUCGGUGCUGUCCUGUCACGUGAUAUAUCAUAAUAUACUAUAGUAUGUAUUUUGUAAUAAGAAAUGAAAUAAUUAUGUUACUAGGGUUAAUCUUUAUCUAUGUGCACGGCAGUCCGGACUCUUCAUGCUCCCAAUGAACUCCUCCCGGAGGGGAGCCGCCGAUGCUUAACGUCACUAGUUAUUGAUUCAUGGAAGUUCUUGAACACACUAGUCUCAAUAAGUACGUGAUCGAGUGAUGUCGAAAUCGGGUCACGUGACAUGAAUUGUAAGCAUUCGCCAUCCAAUGUGCUACUCCGCGAUGUGAACAAGGUUAGGCAAUGGCAGCUUCCACAGUGCAGUCGGUAAAUAAUCCGAUGAGUUUUCGCUUAUAGCUCUUAUUAUAUGCGUCACCCCCAAAAAUUCCUAUGUGUUUAGGACAUAACUAUUAGAGAGAUGUUUUAAGAGAGCAAAAUUACGAAAAAAGGCCCCAUGCAGUAAGGAUAAACUUUUACCAUUGCAUUGUAUUACUGUACAAAUAAAGCUUUUUAGCCUUGCCGAUCGCUAAGUUCGAAUGGUAUCGUCUCAUGUGGUGUUUACAAUGACGCUGCUAAAAGGCCUUCCUAUUGGUCAAAUUUUUGCCAUUCUGCUUUUCGCUGCGACAAAAGUGGAAAAUUUUCCACUUGGUAUUCUGUCAGCUUCGACGGCAAAAGUGACAUCAUUUUUCCAUUCUGUCGUCUGUUUCUGCAUGUGAGUACCAGUACUUUUCGGUUAACGGGACGCCAGCCGAUAUGCACGGCAACGUGUAAGAUUCCAUCUGUAGAUGAAGAGUUUCACACCACCCCAGAAUUGUCAACCCUUGGCAUGACAUUUGUCUCCGAAUGCCAAUUUUUAACACUUAUCAGUCUCCCACAUCCUCCUGACAUGCACCUAUGAAUCACACCUCGACGCUGAAGUAGGGUGAGCCCCCAUAUCCUCUACAACUAUAUAACAUUGAGUACUCCAUGAACUGUCAAGUGGGCUACUCAAAGCUGGCACGGUCAUGUGGGCUAAACUGUUAAACGCUGUCUUCUGGCAUCCCAUUAACCGAAAAGUACCAAACAAGAAAAUUAGCAGUUGGAAUGCUGGUAUUGAAUAUUUACAUAGGAUGCACGUAACAUUAAUAUGAGAAAAAGGAAGAAAAUAAAAAUUCAAAUAUGGUAAUCGAAAAGUUAACCGCUCCAUCCAUUACGAUAAAUAAUUGGUGGUCAUUUUUCGAUUUUUACCUUUCUCUUUGCAGUUAUUAUUACAAUUGUCAGUUGGGUUUUCGUUUGUCUCAUCGUCUCCAUCGAUGUUUACUGCUUAUGUCUAUCCAACACCAAAAUUACUUUUGCUGCCAAAAGGGCGGAUGUCAGAGGUUUCCCCGACAUCCACCCUUUCCUUCUGUGAUUAAAAACCCGGAAGCUAAUACCGCUUUCCUCUUUCAGCCAGCGGACAACUUCGACCUGUCUCUGAACAUUUCCGAAGACGACUGCAGUGCCACCAGACAGCGCAGCGGGGCCUACAUGUCCCUGGACCAGACGUUCCACACUCCCAGCUUCGGGGAUGAAGAGUUCGACAUUCCUCCUCUGCAACUGCCUCCCGCCGACCACCAGGCCGCAACAGGGGAGGCCGACGUCUACCGACGGCCUCCUUCGGGUGCGCCACCCAACUCCGCCGUCGAUUCCUCCGCUCCCUCGGCUGAUCCGCUUGACUCUGGCUACGUCUCAGCCGCGGCUUCGGAGGCGUCGGCCGACCGGAGCGACGUCCGUCCCGGGGCCCGAGACUACGGUCUGCCUCCGCCUCCCCGGUAUCCCGAUCCGGCCGAGGCCCGCCGCCCGCCUCCUGGACGGACUCGGACUCCCUCCGAGGCGUGCCGGUCCCCGGUCGGAGCUACGGCCGUCCACCCGUCACCCGCCGACUCGGUUCACGCCUCCCCCGGACUGGAGACCAGUGAAGACAGCGACGACAGCACUCCGCUGUCUCAGCUGAUGGGAUCAGUCAAGCGUCCUUCUCCUGAGCCUCCAGAGCGGGCAGUGGUGGUAAAGUCAUCUGUUGCCAAGAAGCCCAAGCCGCAGAAGAAGAAGAAAAAGAGGGAUCCCAACGAACCGCAGAAGUAAGUUCUUCCUUUGAUUUCCUUUGUUUUCUCUGCCCAUUCAGACUGGUUUGCGGUGCAGACCAGUGGGAGUCUUGUUUGCCAUGCAAAGCCAUGUGGAAGGGAAUGCAGAUUCCAGGCUGCUGGACAAAGCAAUGAUCGGUUUGUCAGUCCAAAUAAAUUAAUAAUUGCCAGGAAGCAGCGGGUUUCUGGGUCAGGGGACAGAUUUUUACUUCGCCAACACCUCUUCUUUGCUGGGUUUGGAAAUCGACCACUUAUCUGGAUUUCUACUGAAGUCUACAACUUUUUCUCAUAAGAAAAAUUUUAAUUUUAAAAGUCUGUACUUAUAAAUAUGAUUUUAAUGUGGCUACUUUCCUUUGCCUCGUGCUAGGCUUCUAAUUUUAAAUCCUUAUCGAAAUAGGGACAAUUCUGUAAAAGGGAAUAAUAUUGCAAGGGAUUAACAUCGGGAAAUCUUCUUACACCUAAAGCCUAGUACUAACAUGCAGAAACAUUUGGUUUGGUCUUCUUUCAGUGUUGCGUGUGGAAAUUACCAUACGAACAAAAUGCAUGUUGCCAGCCAAUUGUAAGUAUAAAUGGCCACUGCAGUAAUAUAAUGUGAGCAGUGCGCCGGUGAUUGCUUUGUUAUGUUGACUAAACUUUCUAAGUUUCUUCAUGAUCUCAUUGCAAAUAAAGUGAAGAAUUUGGAUAAGAAAAAUAUUUCGAAAUAGGAUUUCUCAAUUGGGAUCCCAGUUGUUUUUUUAACCAGGGAAAUCCUGCAAAUUUCUUAAAAGUUCACUUUUUUCUUAUUUUAUGUUAAGGUUGAGGAAA